UUUUGGAUUAGAAGAUAUUUAUUUUAUUACUGGACUUCCGGUUAUAGGAGAGCCCAUAGUAGCAAAUGAAGAGAACCCGCAGGCCACCCGCAGAUACCUUUUGAAGAUGGAGGAUCAGAAUGUUUCAACUUCUGUGAAUGUAAAAGUGGGCGACAUUUUAGGUGCUUAUCCUUCACACAAUGAUGAUAUGAAUGAGGAAGAAUUGGAUAGGUAUUGUAGAGCCUAUCUAAUGUAUAUUAUAGGAACAAUUAUUUUCCCAAAUACACCCAACAACACAAUGUGUUUGGCGAACUUUAAAUUCCUCGAAGAUUUGUCGAGGGUUGACUCGUACGCUUGGGGUGCUGGGAUGCUAGCCCACAUCCACGAUGCUCUGCACUCAUCAAAGAAAGAUUUUAGGGGAAAUUUACGAAAUACUUUUUCGGCGACCUCCUUACCGCUGCAUUUUUUCAUAAUGCACCGGAUUCCGGAAAUUGCAAAUUAUUACUCUCUGGGUUCUAAGCGGCUCCAGCUCCCACAGAACUUCCCGCUUGUGGCUGGAUGGAUACCUAUUCUUCUCACGGAUUGCUAUAACAAUCAGAGUAAGAUGAAGCCCGGGCCUAGGAAAUCCGUAAGCUCCCUCCAGCAUCCUCAUUUUCAAGGGAUUAUGUUCUACGUGCUUACGUGGUUUAAUUAUAAUUAUGUGGUCUAGUUUGAGUUCAUUAAGCAUGAUUAUAAUUCUUUAUAUGUUUAAGUGCUUAAAUUAUAUUUAUAU